AUGGCAUCACAUCACAGCCAGGGUGUCGACAGCGACACAGGCGAGGUUGUAUUGGAGGAAACUGAUUUCUUCAAACUCCAACUUCAAGCAGAAGAGAGAGGGGUCGUGUCUAUCAAAGGAGUGUGUGCCAACCGCUAUCUCGCUAUGAAGGAGGACGGCCGGUUACAGGCUUCUAAAUGUGUUACGGAUGAGUGUUUCUUUUUUGAACGGUUGGAAUCCAAUAACUACAACACUUACCGGUCAAGAAAGUACUCCAGUUGGUAUGUGGCAUUGAAGCGGAAUGGGCAGUAUAAACUUGGACCCAAAACAGGACCUGGCCAGAAAGCCAUACUUUUUCUUCCCAUGUCUGCUAAGAGCUGAUCUUAAGGGCACCAUCUGAUCUCGUUUCACAUGAAGGAAGGGGUAUAUUUUAGAAAUUUGUUAACGAGAGGAAAAGAAAAUGUGUGCAGCUGUCUGCUCAGUUUGGAUAACUGGUCAGAUAACCUUUGAUCUAAUAGUAAAGUAUUUAACCAUU